UCGUGUGCCCCAUUCCUUGUGUGCCCAGUCUUCAUUUGCCUCCCAUAGUGCCGUGUUUGCCCAACGUCUGCUGACACCGCCCCCUCGCAAUACUACUACGGCGCUAUCUUUCUCGCUUUCUCUUUGUCUGUUUCUCUUACUGAGUGACCCCUUCCUCUUAUUGAUCUUGUCUUGGCUCUUUACUCUUGGUUAACGCCACCGCUACCGUAUUUGUUCUCGCCGUGUUUGCGAGCAGCGCUGUGUGUGAUUCAGGUUGUUAUUUCGACUUGGAGCUUGGAAUUAUUUUGGUGUUCUCUCGCCGCCUUCGCCGACCUCGCAGAUUGUUAGAUUAUAGCAAACCAGUGAAUUUGGAAGUCAAGACCUCCAAUACUAGAGUUUAGGCGAAGACCUUAAAUUUUGAAUAUAAAGUGAACCUAGUCUUGAGAGCCCUUGUAGAUCUCUGAAGUCGGAGACUCUCAUGAACGGUGAAAAUGCCCGUGGCCAUUGACAUGGGAAUUUUAGACCCUAACCUCUUGCAGCUCCCGCAAGACUUACCCUCAUCUUCUGGCAAUCUAGGUGCUGACAAGCUUCUUGACGAUCUCUUCACUCAAUGGCUUUCUCUUCCCGAAGCUCAACGCAUGGUCAUGACUUUGAUUCAAGAAGCUCAUCCAGAAGCAUCAUGUGGAGAUCAAGGCAGUCGCAUUCAAACCUCGCCUUCAUCCUUGUCAAUAGAUCCUCCGACACUUAUGCAUAUUAAGGAGGGGUGUACUCCACCCUUGUCACCUCGCAGCCUUCCGCUUUCACCAAGGUCACAAAGGCGGUUGACUGGACAUACCAUCUCUACCUCCCCCUUAAGCAAUAGUGAUCUUAUUCGAGAAUCAAUUCCUCAGUUUUAUUUUCCAAAAGGACCACCUACCUCAAAAGAAGCUUACUUUGAAUGUUUAGAUCGUGUUAAUCGAAUAUUUUCUGGUUAUCCCAAUGGUCUUCCACUUUCUGCAUUCAUGCCGGUUACGAAGGAGAUUUGCAAGUUACCAUCAUACUUUUCAAGCGUUUUAUUCCAAAAGCUUGAUAUCAACAGGACUGGGCUAGUUACCAAGGAAAGGUUAAUAAGCGACUGGCUUGAUCAAAACAUGCUUGUAGCUGAUGGCGCGACACGCAUCUUUACAGUUCUGAAGCAGCAUGAUACAGAUUAUCUAACACAGGAUGAUUUUAGGCCCAUAUUGCGCGAGCUCUUAUUAACACAUCAAGGUCUGGAGUUUCUGCACGAUACACCUGAGUUUCAAGAUAGAUAUGCUGAAACAGUGAUAUUUAGAAUCUUCUAUCACUGUAAUAAGGGUGGCAAUGGACGAUUGCUGCUUAGAGAAAUCAAGCGAAGCCAUUUAUUUGCUACCCUGCAGCAAGUGGAUGUUGAAGAAGACAUCAACAAAGUGUUGAACUAUUUUUCAUAUGAACAUUUCUAUGUUAUUUACUGCAAGUUUUGGGAGUUGGACUCGGAUCACGACUUUGUGAUUGACAAGGAUGACCUAUUGCGAUACGGUAACCACGCACUCACGUAUCGUAUCGUGGAGCGUAUUUUCUCUCAGGUUCCAAGGAGGUUUAGAAGCGGCGUUGAAGGAAAGAUGGGGUAUGAGGACUUCGUUUGGUUUAUAUUAUCAGAAGAGGACAAGUCAUCGGAGACCAGCCUCGAGUAUUGGUUUAAGUGUGUGGACCUGGACUGUGAUGGUGUAAUCACUCCAAAUGAAAUGCAUCAUUUCUAUGAAGAGCAGGUGCACCGGGUGGAGUGCAUGGCGCAGGAGCCUGUUUUGUUUGAGGACAUUGUUUGCCAAAUGUCUGAUAUGAUUAAACCUAAGAAGGACGGUCACUUAACACUCCGGGAUUUGAAGAACUGCAAACUAUCUGGAAACUUUUUCAACAUACUCUUUAAUCUCAAUAAAUUCGUGGCAUUUGAAACCAGGGAUCCGUUUUUGAUCAGAAUGGAAAGGGAAGAUCCUACAUUGACCGAAUGGGACCGAUUUGCGCAUGCUGAGUACAUCCGCCUGGCAAUGGAGGAGGACGGUGAGGAUGUUUUCAUGGAUGGCAGUGCUGAAGUCUUGGACGAUGCCUUUGAAUACUACUAACCAGCUGAAGUAUGUUCUUUUCCAUUUUUUGUAGCUGGGGAGACCAAGGUUCUUACAUCCUAUAAUGUCGUCGUGCUUGUCAUUGUGCAAGCCAGGUGUCUAUUGAUCGAAAUACUGGGUGAUAAGCACCAACUUGACAUGCCACUGCACUGAGAGUUCAUGAUGUGCACUCCAGUCUUCUUCUCAGGGCUGCAGUCGAGCGGAAUUUUCCGAAGCAGAAGCCCUACUUGUACAGGAUUCCCACUUUUCUUUUUUGUGUCCAUGGAUUGGUCACUCUAGUGAGGAUUCAAAUACGAGAUUAGCUUAAGUUGAAAUAGGAUCCAACAAACUUCGUGUUAGUCGUUGGAUAACACUUCCAUUUUAAAUGGGACGAUCUGGAUGAAAUCUAUAAACAUGGUAUUCCUUGUCGAUGAAUGCGCAUCUGAAGUAAAAAACAUUGUGGACAGAAUUCAUAAUUCGUGAAUAAAAUUCACUUUCGAUCUAGUUAUUGGGAAAGUUUCGGAA